AUGCUAACAGGCGAUGACAACCCAGGGGCCUCCUCUCAGAGGCCCCGUAAAAUUUCACGGGACUCAUUUGCCUCCAGUCUUCUGGAAUCUCACCCUGCAGAACUUCUGGGAUGCUUGAAAUUUGGAGACCAAGACACUGUUUCUGGUUUCCUGUCGGGUGGCGUAGUGGAGCUUAACAAGAAACACUAUCCCAAUUUCCUGAUGGUAGAGAAGCAUACAACCGUCAGUGAAAUCGAAGACACUUUGCAGCAGUUUCUAAAUGGGGACAACACUGGCAUCAUCCUCAUCAACCAGUAUAUUACAGAGAUGGUGUGGCACACCUUGGACACCCACCGGCGCUCUAUCCCAGCCAUCCUGGAAGUCCCCUCCAAGGAGCACCUGUAUGAUACCCCCAAGGACCUCAUCCGCAGGGCCAGGGGCAUGUUCUCUGCCAAAGACCUGCGCUAG